CACCCGCCCCGAGGCUUGAACCUGAGCCCGGCGCAGCCGAGGACGGAGAGGCGGACGCCAACGGCCGGCGCUGCGGGGCGGGAGUCGGCGCGGGAACCGGCGCGGAAGCGCGGCGUGGAGGGGUUGGUGUAGCUGAGGCUCGGCCUUGCAUCUUCCGGCCGGGCCCUGGCCGCCGGGGCUCCCAGGCAGGUGCGGGCGGCGUCCGCCGAGGCCGCCGUCUGGCCAUGAUCGACUCGGUGAAGCUGCGCCGCGCAGGAGCUGCAGACUUCUUCUCGCAUUAUGAAUACCUGUGCGCGCUGCAGGACUCGGUGCCCCUGCCCGGUGUGCGCGCCUGCCUCCGGGAGGGCCUGCUGGACUUCAACGCCGACCGCCUCCGCUUGGGGGACUGGGCGCCGCUCCUGAGCACCCUCAAGAUUAAUAGAGAUCUCCCCCUGGUCUCUGUCAAAAGCUUCUUCCAGGCGUGGCUUAGCGAAACAGGUUGUGACAGAAAUAAAGUUUGCCGACGUCAUGUUCCUGCAAUAAGAAACAAAGAUGUGACCUUCCAGUUAUGUAAAGCUCUUAAAUGCUGUUUAAGUGUAUCAAGUGCUCUAAAGAGCCUGGAGCUAAAUGGACUAGUUCUGAGAGAGAGAGAUUUAACUAUUUUAACAAAGGGAUUGAAUAAAUCAGCUACUUUGGUGCACCUGUCUCUUGCAAAUUGUCCAAUUGGAGAUGGAGGUUUAGAAAUUAUUUGUCAAGGUAUAAAGAACUCAAUCACUCUUAAGACAGUAAAUUUCACAGGGUGUAAUCUGACAUGGCAGGGAGCAGAUCACAUGGCCAAGAUCUUAAAGUAUCAGACCAUGAGAAGACAUGAGGAAACCUGGGCUGAGAGUCUUCGUUACAGGAGACCUGAUCUUGACUGUAUGGCUGGUUUGAGGCGCAUCACCUUGAAUUGCAACAGACUCAUUGGUGACCUUGGUGCAAGAGCAUUUGCAGAAUCUCUUAGUGAGGAUUUAUGGCUUAGAGCACUUGACCUGCAGCAGUGUGGCCUUACCGGGGAAGGAGCAAAGGCUUUACUAAAGGCCCUUGAAACCAAUGGAACCCUAGUCAUUCUGGAUAUAAGAAAAAAUCCUCUCGUUGAUCAUUCUGUGAUGAAAGCAGUUAUCAAAAAAGUUCUCCAGAAUGGAAGGAGUGCCAAGUCAGAGUAUCAGUGGAUAACUUCUCCAUCAAUGAAGGAACCAUUCAAAACUGCUAGACAAAAAAAGAAAACUAUAAUUCUGGGAAGUGGUCGAAAAGGAAAAGCUACUAUUAGAAUUGUUAUUUGGAGACACAGAGGAUUAGCUUCAAAGAAAUCUGUAAGUAAUGGAAGAAAACACUUGCUUGGUAAAGAAUAUGCUCCUGAACCUCUCCCGCCUGGUGUGUGUGGGUUCCUGCCAUGGCGUACUGCACAACGUGCAAAAAGGAUCAGGGGUUUUCCAUUAAUCAAAACUCGUGAUGAAUAUAAUCAGUUGCAGCAAUCAGAGUUUCCUGUGACUGUGACCGUAGAGAGUCCUUCCUCCUCAGAAAUUGAAGAGAUGGAUGAUUCUUCAGAAAGCGUUCAAGAAGAGCCUGAGAAGGCCAGUUUAAAACUAGAAGCAUUACAGGCAAAACUGGAGGAGUGCCUAAAGCAAUUAAAGGAGGAAAGAGUAAUAAGGCUUAAGGCUGAUAAACGAGUAACUGAGCUGGAACGUGAAAAUGCCCAAUUAAGAAAUAUAAAUUUCUCUUUGUCUGAAACCCUUCAUGCACGGUCAUUGACAAGCAUGAUCCUGGAUGAUGAAGGUGUUUUGGGCAGCAUAGAGAAUUCUUUCCAGAAGUUUCAUGCUUUCUUGGAUCUCCUUAAAGAUGCUGGGCUUGGGCAGUUUGCCACAAUGGCUGGAAUAGAUCAGUCAGAUUUUCAUUUACUAGGUCAUCCCCAGAUGAAUUCUACUGUUAGUAGUCCACCUAACGAAGAAAAGAAGGCACUUGAAGAAGAAAAACCAGAAGAAAAGCAGAAUGCCCUAGGACCAAUGCAGAAUAUCCAAAACAAGGAGAUGCCUCUCCACCUGACUCCCUCUGCUCACUUCUGCCUUGAAGGAGAGCCGGAAGCCUUGGGCCUUGGGUUAGGAUGCGCUGGCCUCGCAAAUCGUUGGCCUUGCGUGUGUGCUGUAGCUGGCGUUCCUGCAUCCGUCCUGCAGGCUGCUCUUUACGUGUCACAGGCCUUGCCAGGGACUUGAGCACUACCAAUCUGCCUUCAGGAGCAACUCUGGGUGAAAUUACAAACAGCUCCGUUUCUUCAGGGACUUCAGAGUCUCAUGUGGAAGAGGUAAGGUGCUUGCUCAAGCUGGGAAAGUCUUACCAGACUUGCCCCUUUUGGGUGGGUUUCCUCUUAAUGGUUUUGAGGAGAAGCAGCUUCUGAGGAGAGCUUGUACCCCAGCCCAUAGGCCCCGGCCAGCCUGGGACUUCUGCUGGGUGUGAGAAGGGCCCUGUGGCAGCAGGACUGGUCCCAUGAGAGUGGGAUUCCCCCAGACAAGUUUGUUUACCAGAGAACAGAUUCUACACAGCAUGCCCCAGGAGCGGCAUCCUGGAGAGCCUGAAGCCAAGACUGUUCUGUAGUGGAGACAGCCGCAGGAGGAGGUGGACUCAGCCCCAUGGCUGCAUGAGAUCCUCCCGCCUGACCCUGAACCUGAAAGAAACUGGGCAGGAAAUAUUUGUGGACUUCUAAUUUCUUUAGAGUUCAACCUUAAAGAGAAAGCCGUUUUAUUUAUAUAAGACUUUAAUUCCUUUUUGAGAAUUGAAUAAUGAGGCAUUUCAUAUAAUUCAAGUCAAGGCAUUUUAAAUAUUGCUGGCUGUGGAUAAAAUGAGAGUUCCUGUGGCCAGGAUUCUCACCUGGCCCUGG